AUGGAGGUCGAGAUCUUUGAUGUGUGGAGGAUAGACUUCAUUGGUCCCUUCAUGAGAUCUUAUGGAAUGACAUACAUCUUGGUGGUUGUGGACUAUGUCUCCAAAUGGGUCGAGGCAAUCGCCUUGCCAAACAAUGAGGCAAAGAGGGUGAGCACUUUCUUGAAGAAGAACAUAUUUACGCGGUUUGGUACCCCCAGGGCCAUCCUUAGUGAUGGUGGUUCUCACUUUUGCAACAAGGCCGUUACCGGGCUGCUCGAAAAGUAUGAAGUCAAGCACAAGGGAGAUCAAAACAUCCUAGCAAAUACAGUUAAUGCAAACAGGACUGGCUGGUCAAGGAAGCUAGAUGAUGCAUUGUGGGCAUAUCGCAUAGCAUUUAAGACUUCCAUUGGCACCUCACCAUACCGCUUGGUUUUUGGUAAGGCAUAUCACUUGCCAGUGGAGCUUCAACACAAAUCCAUGUGGUCGUUAAAAAAGUUGAAUCAUGAUUGGGCCGAAUCUACUAACCUAAUAAUGACACAACUCAAUGAGAUGGAAGAAUUCCGUCUCCAUGCCGAUGAGAGUGCAGCCAUGUAUAAGGAAAGAAUGAAAUUUGUUCAUGAUAAGAAGAUUUUGAAGCGGGAAUUCAAAUCCUUUGACUUGGUCAUACUCUUCAAUUCAAGACUCAAGUCAUUUUCGGGCAAACUCAAAUCCAAAUGGUCUGGCCUGUUCAAAGUUGUGAAUGUCUCCCCCUAUGGCGUUAUUGAAUUGGAGUUGGAGGACGGGACUCGAACUUUCAAAGUAAAUGGACAACGGGUCAAGCAUUACCUCGGAACCACAGGGGAAAGGCACUUGGUAGAACAAUUCACACUCAAGGAUAAUCCUACACCAGCCCCCACCACUGAUUAG